AUGGGAUAUAAGAUAUAUUCUAACUCUGACUUAGUUCAAACAGUAACAUGGGCAAACUAUGAAUGGUUCGCUUUGAGAAACUCAGUACAACCACAAGCUAGAGAACAAACAGACCAGUAUGCAACUAUUGAGAAAAUAAGAAGACUUGACCCUAACGUUCCAGGAGUUUAUGUUAACCUUUCUGGACAAACUGCAGCAGCAGUAACCAAAGUAAAACUGAAACUUAGAGUUCCUUUGUCAUCUUUCCUCAUCUUCAGGUUUUUAAGAUACUUGCCAAACUGGGCAGGAAAAAUUUCUAUUGAACUUACUCCAAGCAAAAAUAACUUAGUCAUUGCACCAACACAAGACCCAUUCACUAUUACAGACGUAAAGGGAACAAAUCAAACGUCAUUCGCCGAAUUUUGCAAAGACAAAGUUGACUUAGACUUUGGUUUCUCAAACUUCAACAAUGAAGUAAACUAUUAUUUCAAUGCUGCUGGAACUGCUUGGGACCCAGUUAAGUUUACAUGCGAAAAAUUUGAAUGCAAGAGAAUAGAAAGCAGACUUGCAGUCUAUAUGUUGGACCCAGAUAUUUCAAAUGCUUUAGCUGCCAAAUAUAUUGCAGUUCCACUUAUGUUCCCUAUACACCAAAUAUCUGUCAAAGACUUUGCAGGUGAAGUUGGAAACCAAAGUGCUGACCCAGGUGCAAGAACAGAUAUUGCUUUAACAACUGCAAUGAAACAUGCAGAUACUAU